CAUGCAGGUAUGGAUUUUUUAUUCUGGAAAAAACAGAAAAUGAAACACGUGUUGCUCAACACUGUAUUUUCUGUUUAUGGCAUUUAUGGCACAGUCAACAUUUAGGGAUGUCAAACUCGCUCUCCAUUUAUAGAACAAAAAUUGUUUAUUUUAGCAUUUGCUGGCGAUAGCCGGAAAUAGUCAAUAAUAAUAAAAUGAGGCAAUUGGCAAGCAAACGUACAGAAACUUAUAAAUUUUAUCGUUAACAUGUAAAUAAAGAAAUGGCGCAAACAUACAAUUUGACAUACCCGGUUUAUGGCAGCUGUUUUGACAGCUGGUAUAAAAAUCAUGUUUAUUGUGCAUAUUAUUCGCCGAACGGAAAACAACGCGUGUACGGCAAGCAAGUGAUUUUAUUUAAGCGAGGAAUUAUAAAUCGCCACCAAAAUGGACGCAGAACAGGACGAGUUGAUGGAUUUUUUCGACUUUUCCAAACCGUUCCAUCGCAAUGUGAUAAGUGGUACAGCAAACAAUAAAGGGCGACAAGGGAUUAAGUUAAAUAUUCAAUCGAUACCGGAACGUCCUGUGCAGGGCACCGACUAUGCAAAAGAGAUUGUGAAGGAAGAAGAGUCCAGAAUAAUGGCGGAUUGGGCACGCGAUACUCAUCCCAAACCGAGUGCCUCGCGCAUGGACGAGGUGGAUGACCUAUCGUCGAUGGCGGAGGAAGAUUCCGAACACCUGAAUCUAGUACGCGCGAAGGAGCUAAUGGAGCCCAUCUUUAGGCGGUACAACCUAACUGUCAGCUCCAACCGCCUAACGAUUCAUCAGUCGAAGGAACAAAUUUUGAAGGCGAUCCGACAGAACCCGGUCGUGGUGUUGCAGGGUGCGACGGGUUGCGGCAAAACGACACAGGUACCACAAUACUUGCUGGAGGAAGCCUACAAGCGGAAGGAAUGGUGCAAUAUCAUUGUCACGCAACCGCGUAAAAUUGCCGCCACAUCGAUCGCGCGCCGUGUCGCCGAAGAACGUUCCUGCGAGUUGGGCUCACUGGUAGGAUUUAAGGUGGGCCUGAAGGAAAAGCUCAGCGAAGACACACGGCUACUGUACGUGACAACGGGCGUUUUGCUGAACAGUUUGAUUUCCUCGAAAUCUCUUAGCCAAUAUACGCACAUCAUACUGGACGAGGUGCACGAGCGCGAGGUGGACAUGGACUUUCUGCUCAUCAUCGUACGCCGCCUGUUGACGCAGUCACGCCACACGAAGAUUAUACUGAUGUCGGCCACAAUCGAGUCGUCCGAGUUUGCCCAGUACUUCAAGAUACCGGGACCGAACAGUAUGUUUGCGCCCCAGCUGGCCGUUAGCAACUGUCCGCAGCAUGAUGUGACGGUGUACUAUUUGGAAAAUUUGGAAAAACUAAAAAUCGACUUUACCCUCAAGUACGAACAGCCCGAGGUGCAUGAUAAGAUGUACUUUGUGGCGGCUAAGGUGGCAAUCGUGUGCGAUCGCUACAUUGACGAGUGCGAGACAGCGUCGAACAUCGAUUACAAACCUUCGAUCAUCAUGUUCUUGCCGGGGAUCAACGAAAUCGAACGGAUGGCGGAAGUGUUGCGUAACUUUGUGGAUGACAAAAAUCCGAACUCGCUGCACACGAAGUUUAUGAUACUGAAGCUACACUCGACCCUGCCUUCGGAAGAGCAGGCUUUGGUAUUUCGCAAACCACCACCGGGACACCGGAAAGUAAUCCUGUCGACGAACAUCGCUGAAAGUUCGAUCACCAUACCGGACGUGAAAUUUGUGAUCGAUUUCUGUUUGCAUCGUUUGCUGGUUGCCGACACGCUGAACAACUUUACCACCUUGCGAACGCAGUGGGCGUCGCGAAAUAACUGCAUACAGCGAGCGGGCCGUGCUGGCCGUGUGAUGAACGGUCGGGUUUAUCGGCUUGUGAACAAAUUUUUCUACGACAACGGAAUGGCUCAAUCGCCGGAACCGGAAAUGGUGCGCUGUCCGCUCGGUGCAGUUGUGCUGAAAACGAAGAUACUGGACAUGGGACCACCGCACACAAUACUCGCAUUGGCUAUGUCGCCUCCGAAGCUAUCCGAUGUGUCGAAUACGGUACUACAGCUGAAGGAGGUCGGAGCAAUGUUGCGUACCGCCAAAGGCAUAUACGAUGCGCAGGACGGUGAUAUAACGUAUCUCGGACAGUUAAUGUCACAGCUACCGCUUGACAUACAUCUGGCGAAGCUGGUCGUGCUGGGGUACGUAUUUUCCGUCCUCGAGGAAGCGAUCAUCAUUGCGGCCGGUAUGAACGUGAAGAACGUGUUUUGUGGGAUGCGUACGGUGGAAGCGUUACGCAUAAAGCGUUACUUUGCUAACGGGUCCGCGUCGGACGGUAUUGCGAUCCUGAACGCGUACAACUGGUGGCGUUCGGUAAAGGAGCAGGGCACGGGAGGCGAUACGGUCGGUUGGUGUCAGCGGUAUAUGCUCGAUCUGAAGUCGCUCACCGAGAUGGCAGAGCUGGUGCAGGAAAUAACGUACCGGUUGAAGAACUCGAACAUACGUGUCGUGGCCGGGGCAAGAAAUGCGCGCUGGAACGAUCGCGAGCGUACGGUCAUAACGAAGGUGGUGAUGGCCGGUGCAUUCUACCCGAACUACUUCCUGCCGGUGACAUCGAACGAGAGCGAUAUGGGCGAUCGGGCCGUGUACACGGAGAUUGGUGGUCGAAAUCCGUUCCGAACGGUGUUUUUCUGUGGAUUUGACCAUGCCAACUACAUUGGACCACUGUACCGCAAUGAGAUCCGUGCGCUGCUGACCGAACGGAGGGCCGAUCCGGAUCGGGAAUCGCUCAUAAAGGUAGAUUUCGAGCGUAACACUAACAAGAUAUUCGUACAGUUCGAGUACCCGCCCGACAUUCAGCCCGGCAAAAGCUUGUACGACGAGCGCAACCUGAUGGAUCGCAUUCAUCCGGGUGUGUACGAAGCGAUCAAGUUGCGCCAGAUACGCCGCAGCCAGUCGGAACUGCUCGUAAUGCAGCACAGCGAUGCGGUUCGGUUUGCGGAGCAGAACAAUCUGGGCACUUGGAGGAACAACGAUUGGCAGCCGCGUAAUGUUGAGAUUCCGAACGUGCAACUAUCGGUCGAACCGCCCGUAUAUUGCAAGCAGCUGAUCGCCACCAUUACGCACGUGCAGCAUCCGAACAAAUUUUAUCUGCGUCCACACGACAACAAUCACGUGUACGCCGGCAUCGAAAAGCAGCUGAGCGAAGGUAGUCCGAUUAUGCGUCCCUUUCCUACCGAUCAUGUGUUUAAAUCGCGCGAUAUAGUGGCCGCCCCGAUACCGCACUUAAACGUGAAAACGAUGGGUCGCGCUAAGCUGCUCAAGGAGCGCAUCAUUCGUGGGGUAGCGAAUUGGGCCGUGUUUUUCAUGGACUUUGGCAGCACGGCCAUAAUCUCGGUGACCAAUUUUCGGCAACUGCAUGGUACAACGUUGGACACGCUUACGAAAAUUCCCGACCGUGUGUUUGAGGCAUCCUUGGCGGAGGUACAGCCGUCGGCGAUGCGAUCGCCGAAGGAUGUCUGGACGGAGGAUACGAUUGUACACUUCCGGGAGCUCGUGCUCGGUAAGCGGCUGCACGUGGAGGUGUACUCGGUCGUGAAUCGGGUGUCGAUGGUUGUGUUGCGCCGCGCACCGAAUGAUGCGGUCGAGCAGACCAUUAACAAGGAGCUGAUCGCGUCGCACCAUGCCCAAGAGUCGGAGGAAUCGUACGUAUCAAAGAUGGACCAUGAGAAGCGGCUGCGUGUACAGGGCGACAUGGAGAUGGAUCCGAUGUACGCGGCACAGAUCAAGAACGAUCACACCGGGGAGCAGUGCUACCUGGAGGAUGAUGAUCCGGCUAAUUUAAUCUUACCGCGAAAUAUGCUGAAGGUUCGGCUAAUGCUGCGUGGUCCUUACAGUCCACUGGAGAUCAAAUGCAGUUCGACGGUGUUUACCGGUUACCGGAAGCGUGUAACCAUCGAGAACUCUUCGCUAAACUCGGUAUUGCUUGACACGCAUCCACAGAAUCCGCACAGCAAGCUUCUGGUGGCGGGUUGUGUUAACGAAGUGGCUGGCAAUACGCUGAUCGCUCGGCUCACGACCAUGAUGCCAAACAUUCCCGGUCUUCCCGUACUGAUGGCGCUCAUCUUUGCGCCCACCUGUUUGCUGAAGAAGGAUGCGGAUGAAACGCGCAUCGUUGGGUUGCUGGCCGGAUUAGGGGUGGAUCCGCGCACGGGCGCAUCGAUUUAUCCCGAGCAUGAUAUGUCGUUGGCGGUAGACAUUGGCAUCGACGAGGAGGAUAUUGGAGAUAUCAAUGCAUUGCGUUACACGAUGGACUCCAUCCUGCACGGUGGACACAACGACCAGACGCAACUAUUCGGCGAGUACAGCAUCGAGUCGCUGAUGGUGAAGGUGAAAGAAUACAUAAUCAAAAUCCUUCAGCGCGAACGAAAUGUCCAGGAUAAUCGUAGCAUGGCCCACAAUUUCCAGUGGAACACAGGUGACGCACUGGGUGGCGCAAGCAAAAAGAAUGCACGGAAACCAUCGAUCGAUAUCUACUCUAGGGCCAUCUUUCCACUGUACGACAAGCUGAACCUUCGUCCCUUGCCGGCCAGUCGAAUGGAGUACCUGCGGAAGCAUUGUGCCGAGCUGCAUCUUAUAACAGAAUCACGAGUUCCCUUACCAAAGGGUGGCAUAUUGUGUCAGCUGUGCAAUGUAAACCUAGAAUCGGAGCACGCCUUACGGAUUCAUUUCUGCUCCAAGUUGCAUCGCGAGCUGGAAAAGCAGAUUCUCUUCCGACGUUGAAAUGGACCGCUUCACUGCCAUUUGUUUCUUCAUUUUUCCUGCAAUUUACUUUCUAUAUUGACGUAAUUCAUUUUCUUUUUUUUAACAAACAGAAUGCAACACAUACCAUUUUGACGAACUA